UCAUUGGACCCAAUCCGAGGGCGGCAGUGUCGUCAUCAAGCUGCGCGGGGGCAUAUGACGUCCGGGUCGGGCGCCGCGGGGCGGAAGACGAGGGCGGCGAGGUCGGGUUCCGGGCGCCUGGAGAAGAUGGUGCUGCGGCGGCUGCUGGCCGCCCUGCUGCACAGCCCGCAGCUGGUGGAACGUCUGUCAGAGUCGCGGCCUAUCCGACGUGCGGCGCAGCUCACGGCCUUCGCACUGCUGCAGGCCCAGCUGCGGGGCCAGGACGCGGCCCGCCGCCUGCAGGACCUCGCGGCUGGGCCCGUGGGCUCCCUGUGCCGCCGCGCUGAGCGAUUUAGAGACGCCUUCACCCAGGAGCUACGCCGCGGCCUCCGAGGCCGCUCGGGGCCACCACCAGGUAGCCAGAGGGGCCCUGGCGCAAACAUUUAAUCCUGGGCUGUGCGGGGCCGAGGCCGCAUACUUUUCCUUCCGGGCUCUACAGUGGCCUCGACGUGGAGGGGUCAUUCCGGGCACUGCGCGCGGCUUCGAAUCCCGACUCGGAUUGUUGGCCUGCAGACAUCCCACGCAUAAGAGCCUAGGCCAGACCGCCCGCUCCGUUGAAGUCUUGUGAUUGGACAAGACACGGUGUGGAGAAAGACCCCUAAGCCUAACAGAGAUGAAGGUAGGCUGGGUCCAGACACGGCACCUACGGAGAGCCACGGACCGAAGCCAGAGAGCCUUUCCUCUGCAAGUGGGACUGAAACUCUUGACAGAUGCUGCUGAAUCUGACUGGCAUAGCAGGACAGUUAAUUCCAGGGACGAUACGGAUGAAAAGACAACCCUACAGCUGCCAAAUUCCUUUGAUUAAAUGUGUGAGCUGGUUGAUAGGCAUGAGUGUGAUACUUCUCAGGCAAGAUGUGUUAGGAAUACCGGGGACUGUAGGCCUAUGGUAAUAAUAAACACGUAUUUUAUGAAAUGA